AGAACAUUAUUUAUCAAUUAUGACAUUAUUUUAUUGUAUUAUAUAUCAAUGCAUUAUUUUAUUCUGCCAUAUCGGCAGCUGUCGGCUUUUUCUUUUGUGUUGAUCAUUAUCAUAUUUGGUAUACCUUUAUGGUGGCAAACAACAUCGACUUACCGAGCUAAAUUUAAGAAUUUUCCGACCGAACUCGAUAUUAUUCUCCCUGUAUUUUAUCCAUCAAACAUUUCUUUUAAUCUUUUAAGAAAGAGCACAUGUUCUGUGAAGUAUAAUGAAAAUUUGUAUUUUAAGGAUUCGCCUUCAGACAUAAAUGGUACUUUGAACGACGAUCGCUUUCAUGUACAAAUGUUAAUACUCGAUUCAUCAGAAUGGAGAUUUUUAGAAAAUGUUAUCCAUUUCAGCGCUGAAUAUUUGACAUAUAUUCUUUAUGAUGCUAAUGAUGAAAAGCUAUUCCAAAGACUAUUUAUAUCAUUUGUUAAUAUACUGUUGGAUAGAGGUCAUUUGAAAGCCAUUGUAAAUAGGGACUUACGCCAUCGUAUGGAUCCAAGGGAAAUUGCAAUGCUUCCACCUAGUGAACAGAAACGAUUUGUUUGGGACUCAACGGCACUGAAUGCUGAGUAUAUUAUUCAGAUUAUUUUCAUUCAUUCGACAUCCGAAGCAUCAAAAUAUUUUGAACCUAAUAAUAUUAUUCUAAAUAUCAAUCGCUUUGCAUUGACAAUCGCGAAUGUUACAAAACUUAGAGUUAGUUCUGAACAUUUAUGGGACUUUGAUAUUAGUUCUUGGAUUACGAAGGAUGCUUCCGAUCGAUGGUUAUUGAGUGUUAAUCACCUAUCAACUAUUACUACUCAACUUAUUCUUUUCGAUCAUUCAGAUUCGGGUAAUAUAGCGAAAAGUAUGGCAAUUGCUUCAUGGGGUGCCGUUGUUGCAUCUAAUGAUUUAAUAAAUACAAGUAUAAGUCAUGCAAUGAUCGCAUCUCUUCGUGUUUUAUUUGGUCUUGAUUCGGAUUUACCUUAUCAAUUUAACCGGUGCCCAUCGCCGCUAGCUGACUGGGAAUUGGAAAGAUUGAAACUUAGAGCUUUUGUCGAUUGUGCAAUGAAUGGAAUUUCUUCCGUUCGAGCAAUGCACAUGCUUGUUGCUGAAAUUGAUAAUAUAGUUAUAAGCGAUGAGAUCGCCGAUACCGUAAAUCAAGCUGUUGAUCUCAUAAUGGAUGCGUUAAAACAAGCGAAAGAAAGUGGUAAACUCGAUCUGGCCAAGGUCAUCAAAGGUCGUGAACUAGCUGAGCGGGCAAUUAAUGAUCAAAGUUUGCUCGCUUUAUUGUAUUUUCCAAGCGACCAAAAGUUCGCGGUAUAUCUGCCAUUAUUUUUGCCAAUAUUAUUGCCUCUAAUCGGUUCUUUAAUGUCUCUUUACAAAUAUUUCUGUGGAAAGUUAUAUUGGUAA